AUGGGCGCAGAGGGGGAGUCUGCAGACGGCUCCACAGCUCAAAGCCAAGCGAGUGAGGCCGAGCCGGACAUGGCGGCGGGUUCCGCCGCAGCGGCGCCGGGAGCGGCUGCCCGGCCGAGCCUGUCGCAAGCCUCGCCAGAGCAGCACGAGAGCCCCGAAGCAGAGGUGCAGGUGCCCCGGAACCCAAACGGAGACCCUCUGAUGUAUGCAGCUGCAAGCUCCACCCCGGUACUGCGAGACUGCAACUUCGGCGGCUUGAUCUGUGAGCUGCUCGUGGUGGAAGCUGUCCGAGAGUACUUGCAGUUUCAUGGCCUCCAGGACACGCUGGAUGCCAUGGACCGCUGUCUGGGCAAAGCCAGGCUUCCUGCGAUGCUUCAGGCUCCAAAUGGAGCACAGGAGGCCCAGGCGGGCGACGCAGCUGGCGUAGGGGCGGAUGCCGCCUCCGAGCGUUUGCUGGAAGGGCACACCGAGCUGGCUGUCGUCAAGGCACUCCGGGAGUUUGAUGAUGGGAACAAGGAUGCUUUCUUUGAUCUCUGGAAGCACCUCGUUGCCCCUGACUCCGCGAACGGCUCCUUGGGGUGUUCCUUGGAACUUCGGCUGCACGUCUACUUUGGCACCUAUUCGACCAGGAAGGCGCUCGAGGAUGCUGCGGGCAAGGAGCAGCCGGCUGGAUCGCCCAGUCUGUCUGAUCCCGACUUCACCGAUCUCAAGGCAUUUCUCGCCACCAGACCUUCAGCAGGCGCAGAUGCGACGCAACAGAGCCUUUCUCCUCUGUACGCACUUCCGUUCGUCCCGCGGCCUCAGCAAAACGCGGCGCUGCGAUUUAUCUUCGAGGAGCCAUGGUCGCAAAAACUGCGAACAGACCUCCAGGCCUUUUUAGUGGCGCAUGCCAGCACGCGGCAUGCGCCUUUCUUGAGACACUUGGCUGGUGCGCUCAUCACGACAUCGUGUCCAGCCGCGUCGCCGCCACAUGCCAGUUGGCACGAGAUGCUCAGAAUCGCAGACAUGGGCUUGACAGCUGCCAGCCAAGCCAUGGCACGGAAUCAGAUGUUUGGAAAGCCAGGGUCGCAACAAGGCCAGCAGCCGUCUUUGCUGCAAUCGGUGGGGAGUUCGCAGCCGCAGGAUCCGGCAAAGCUCGUUUCCUGGCUCAGUGUCGCGGGCAAGCUCCAGCCCGAGCUGCUGAAGCAGGCGCUUGAUGCUCGACGGAGACUGGGCAAGGUGGUAUGCCAGCCUGAAGAGGCUCCGGCGCCCACACCGCAGGACAUCCCUGGGUCUAUGCGCCCUUCCAUCCAGAGCCUCCUGCGCGCGCAGAGCUGCGACCUCGAUGGCCCGCAGGGUGGCUCCAGCCCGAGCCAGGGAGUUCCACUCUACCAGGAUCGCCUCUGGCCGAUGUCGCGCGAAGCCCUCCGGGGAAGCUCUGCUUCGAGCCUCAACGCUUCGCAGUCCAACAAUGUCAAGAGGCUCCACUCGGCAAGGAGCAUCGAGUCGCGGGCUCGUACAGCCACGGCGCUGCUUCCGGUGCCUCCGGCACUGGACUUUGGGCGAAUAUCUUUGCUCAUCGACGACAAGGAACAGGGCGAGACGCCGCCACUGCUGGCUGUCCUACGGGCAGUGUUGAGGCGGACGGGUGCGAAGAGCCCAGGAGGAGUGGGAGUUCCGACGGGCGAAGUGGUGAAAACGCUGCGGCUCGCUUCAAAUUCCUGGCCCUGGCUCACUGAGCUCUUGGAUCGCCUUCGACUGCCACCGGGCUCCUGGCCCAGCAUUCUGACUCCCACGGCUGGAAUCGCCGGGUAUGGCAAAGCCCAACGAUGGCAAGAGGCACAGGAACUACUCUCCCGCGUGAAGGAAGGAGCCCGAGACCUCCGGCUCGAUUCCGUGGCCCUCAGUGCUGCGAUCGGUGCUGCUGAACGGGCGGCCUGCUGGGAACGGGCACUUCGCCUCAUGAAAGAGCCGGAGGUUCAGCCAAGCAGUCGAGGAUUCACCUCGGCUGCAUCAGCCUGCGCUCGCCGGAGUGAGUGGACGACGACGCUACAACUUUUUAAAGACACGCCCGCGUCCAGCAUCAUGGGAUGUACUGCUGCGGUUACUGGCUGCGAGAAGGCAUCCCGCUGGAGCAAGGCAGUUCUACUGUCAGUGGCAGCGAUGCAGCGAAGGCUCUCUUUGGAUGACAUGGCGCUGAAUGGUGUUAUGCAGGCAUGUGCGGAAGGCGACGAAUGGCAGCUGUGUCUUGAACUUGCGCUAUCUGGAGAUGUCGUGUCGCAAAACAUUGUGACCAAAGCUUGUUCUGGUCCUCACUGGGUGCAGGCGAUUCGCAGUCUAUGCAGUAUCGCGGAAAGGUUGGCCCAGGCAGACAUGGUGGGGUACAGUGCCGCAAUGCAAGCUUGCGGGGCUGAAAGGUGGUCCAGAGCGCAGGGCCUUUUUCAGGAGUUGAGGCUGCAGGAGCUUGAGCCGGACAUCAUCGCCUGUGGGUCCUGGCUCAACGUGUUGUCAGGGUGGGCGAUGGCAGUAGCUGCCAUGCAGGAUCUCCUGCGGAAUCAGUUUCAACCAGAUGCGCCGGCUUACAACAGCUUAAUCGGCGCUGAAGGGGGCAGCUGGUCCUUAGCAUUCUCUCUGCUGCAGCUUCGAAAUCGCUUCUUCGGGGUCGAUGCAGUGAGUGCCGGUGUAGUCGUUCUAGCAUGCAGUGCUGCCACUGUCUGGUCAACAGCAUUCGACAUUCUACAAUCGCUCGUGCGCCAUCGAACGGCACCCAACACCCGCUCCAUCGCUGCGAUGAUGUCGGCUUGCGAACAGAACCAGCUGUUGCAGGUAAGAGAUUCAGUGAUGCAGAUGCUGCCGGAAGCCGUCGUCGACGGCAUCCCACCGCCGCCGAGCGCCUCGGUCGAGCUGCGUGCCGCGGUGCAGGCGAUCCAAGGCGCCGUCGCCUCCGCGUCCGCAGCACCGCGACCCGUAGCCAGGCCUGCAGGCUCUGCGACAGGGCUUGGAAGGCUUGGGCUUUACCGGUACUUCAAGGAGUUGCAGCUCCUGCGCUAUGUGUUGCGACAUCUGCCGGAGUCUGAUGCGGGGCUCGGUUGCAGAGCCCGGUCUGUGUGCACGGCCAUCGAGGACUUUGGGCGGCAGGGGGGGAGCAGAUGGCUCAAAGUCGCCGGGGAUCGCAAGGCCCAGGUGCUGCUGGCAUCGGUCUCUGGGGCGGAGGGAGACUCUGAUGUCAUGGAGAUUGGCACCUACUGCGGCUACUCGGCACUUCGCAUGGCCUUAUGCUUAAGGCCGGGAGUUGCCAUUCACAGCCUGGAGGCAGAUCCGAUCCACGUGGUCAUCGCCAAAAACAUUCUGGCCUUGGCUGGCAAAGAAGGAGAGGCGGUGCGUGUUUGGACCGGCCACAGCCAGGUUCUGCUGCCCUGCUGGCGCCGGGAGGCUCCUCUUUUUGGAGCCGUGUUUAUGGAUCAACGUGGCUCCCGCUACGACGAGGACUUAGAUGUCCUAGAGAGGCGGGGCCUCCUCACUAGUGGGGCCGUGGUCGUUGCGGACAACGUCCUGAAACCUGGUGCACCGCUGUUCCUUUGGCGGCUACAAGCUCCCCUUUACAAAUGCCAACUCCUGAGCUUGCAAGAGUUCGCAAUGCCAUGUGAAGAUUGGAUGUCCGUGAGCCUGCGACAGCCGGAUUCAGGGAGCGCCUCCUCGCCUCUUUGUAGCGAGCCUCCGCCGUCGUUGUUGGAACUCCAUUCAAGGGCGGAGACCAUGCGAAAGCUCGCCACGAGACAGGGCGGUGCCAGCAUCUCCUUCGAGGAGUGGUCUGCUUUCGCGCGCCGAAUGCGGCGGUCUCUGGGUCUCCUUGGCAUCAGCGCAACGGCCAGGCUCUCAGAGCCUGAUAAAAGCGAGGCUGAGGCUGGUGACAAGAGGCGCCUGGCACUCCCCGACGAGCCCAUCCGUCCGCGCCGAGCCUUCCUUGCUGCCUUUGCAUGUUUUGGUGCUCUCCGGGCUCUCGCGGUGCGGCUGCGAGAGAUGGUACAAUCCGGAGAUGCGCAACUGCUGGAAAUGUCCCUGGCCGUCAUGGGCGUUUGUACAUGCGAGGUGGUGGGCCGCCGUGAGAUCGAAGCAGCCGAGGCCCAGGGCAGCGGAUGCAUCGCGACACUGAUCUCCGUGGUGAGCUCGCCAGAUCGAAGCUUGGCGCACAUGCACUGCCUCGCAGUGUUGCAGCGGCUUUCCCUGAGAGGACACUUGCAGUCCAAGAUGAUUCAACUUGGUGCUUUGGAUGUCGUCCUCAAGCUGAUUGAGUCUGUGCGAAAGGUGGAAGGAGACGCAGAAAGCAGCGGCAGCGGCCAUGGAUGGUGCCGCCUGGGCCCCGGCGAGGGGCCAGAGACACCGGACUUUUCUAUCGAGUUCACGUCGGCUCUCCUCAUGAACCUCACUCUCCGGUCUGCCGGAAGACGCCGGUGUGCCGAUCUCGGAGCCUAUGGCAUCCUUGUGACCUUGAUUGAGCAUCCGAACCCACAGGCACUUUUCUUCAGGCUAGGCUCCCAUUGCUCAGCUCGAUUUCUGGAGCAGGUUGUUGCAGUUGUUGUUCAUGCCGAGACACUCACCGAGCAGUGCCUCGAGCCCGGGCAGUUGGAGAAGUCUGUUGUCGCGGUUGUGAUUGUGGUGCUGCUCUCUGUUACAGCUGACACAUUGCGAACUUUUGAGCGGCAUGAAUGCUGCUUCCUUGGCACGUCGAGCGGGGCUGUGAGUCUGAAUGAUGCGGGCUUCGAUUCUCAGCGGCAAGGAGUCACGAUAAUUGGGAAAGGGAUUCCGGGCGAAGAGACCUAG